AUGUUUCGUAAAAUAGCUCCUUUUGUGAGGUCGCCGAAAGUAGCACAAAGCUACCGUUGCGGAUCUUCCAGCACAUCUUCCAGCAGCAUCCAGCGACGGAUCUGCAUCGUCGGUGCUGGUCCGGCCGGAUUCUACGCCGCACAGUACAUCCUGAAGCAUCUGGACAAUUCACAUAUAGACAUCGUAGAAAAAUUGCCCGUUCCAUUCGGUCUAGUGAGGUUCGGCGUGGCUCCAGACCACCCGGAGGUUAAAAAUGUCAUCAACACGUUCACCAAAACGGCGGAAAAUUCCCGUGUUCGGUUUCUCGGAAACUUAAGCUUGGGGAAAGAUUUCACACUGGCCGAGCUGCGUGAACGAUAUCAUGCUGUGGUUCUGACCUACGGAGCUGAAAAGGAUAACACACUGGCGAUUCCGAACGAAACAUUGCCAAACGUACUGUCGGCUCGAGAGUUCGUCGCUUGGUACAACGGAUUGCCAGGAUUCGAGAAGUUAAACCCGGAUUUGAGCGGGAGCACGCUGACACUGCUGGGUCAGGGAAAUGUUGCCGUCGAUGUUGCUCGCAUCGUACUAUCAAGCGUGGAUGAACUGAAGAAAACAGACAUAACCGAGUACGCCCUCGAAGCUCUGUCGAAAAGUAACAUCAAAACGGUUCAUCUCGUUGGUCGUAGAGGGCCUCUGGAGGCAGCGUUUACAAUCAAGGAGCUACGAGAAAUGCUCAAACUAGGGACCAGCAGAACUACCUGGCGGCUGGAUGAUUUUCAUCACGUUGAAGAAAGCAUACCAAAUCUACCUCGACCGAGAAAGCGUAUCACGGAACUCAUGGUGAAAAGCCUCUCGGAGCAAACGACGAACGCUGGACAAUCGGGCAAACAAUUUUUGCCAAUCUUUUACCGCUCACCAUUAAGUAUUGUUGGCCAGGGCAAAGUAGAGGCCGUAGAGUAUGCAGUAAACAAGGUCGCUGAUGGUAGAGCGUUUGCUACCGAGCAACGUGAAACCAUUCCUACGGAACUCGUUUGUCGCAGCAUAGGUUACCGGGCGAUCAGUGUGGACAACCAUAUCAAUUUUGAUGACCAGAAAGGGCGUGUUAAUAACGCGAGCGGUCGCGUUUUGAAACGGAUCCUCACUGGCAGUGACCAAACGAUCGACGACAUUGAGGACAAGUACGAAACCGGUCUGUACGCUUCCGGGUGGCUCGCGACGGGACCGACGGGAGUCAUUCUCACCACGAUGAACAACUCGUUCGGAGUGGCGGAUCUUUUGUGUCGCGAUUUCCACAACAACUCCCUGCGGAUGAACGGUUCCCGACCGGGUUUGGAGUUGACCGGAAAAUCGUACGUCAGCUGGAAAGGAUGGAAAGCGAUCGGAAGCGAAGAAGAACGUCGUGGUGCGGCCAAGGGAAAGCCACGGGAAAAACUUACGUGUAUUAAAACAAUGUUAGAGAUUGCAUCAAAUGCCACCGACUAGGUGAAAGGGGGGCCGCGUACAUUCCAACCCCAGUUACUAGUAACCGUUUUUGUCAUAA